GUACACAUUGCAUAUCAAAACCAUAGGAUAACUAUCAUUUCCGUAUAUUCACAUUUCUAGACCUUACUAGAACGGUCAGAAUGACUUCAUUCAAUCUACGAAGCCCUAGCCUGAAGCUCGGACAGAAACAACCGUUCCUUCUCUAUGGAACUGCAUUUAAACGCGAGAGGACAGCCGAAUUUACGAAGACCGCUCUUGAGUUAGGAUUUCAGGGAAUAGAUACAGCCAACCAGCCUAGUGCAUACAGAGAAGCAUUUGCGGGAGAUGGACUCUCUGCUACGAUUGAUGCGGGAAUCAAAAGAGAGGCCUUAUUUAUUCAAUCCAAAUUUACUCCUAUCCGGGGCCAUGAUAAGGAUAAGAUUCCAUUCAACCCUGACCAGAGUAUCGAAGGACAGAUUCGGGAGUCCAUCUCGCAAUCCCUUCAGCACCUCAAACUAGAUUAUCUUGACGCAUUGAUACUUCAUUGCCCAUUUGAGGACGACGCAGACAAUCUUGUGGCUUGGAAGGUGUUUGAGACCUACGUGCCCAGCACUGUUCGCCACCUCGGUGUCUCCAAUAUCAGUCUUCCGGUGCUGCGUCAGAUUUACGAGGAGGCAACUGUCAAACCGGUAAUUAUCCAAAAUCGUUUUUUCAAAGGGACUGGAUAUGAUGUCGAAGUUCGAGCGUUUGCCCAAGAGCAUGGUAUUCUUUAUCAAACAUUUGGUGUGUUGAAAAAUAACCCGCAUUUGUUGGCCUCGGGUCUGGUUGCUUCCGUGGCGGAGAAAUUAAACUUGGAAAAAGAAUUGGCAUUAUAUGUGCUUGUCUUAGGUCUCGGUGAUGUGCAGAUACUAGACGGAACGACAAGCCCAGAUCGUAUGAAAAACGACUUGAAGACGAUCGCAGAGGUGACAAAUGAUGAUAGGCUGCUCAAAGACCUGGCUCCAUCAUUUAAGUCUUUUCCCCUACUACUCGAAAAGUCCGUCUAAUCGCCAAAGCUUCUGAGUGUGGGUAGAAUCAUGUUGGUGAAGUCAUCAGUUGACGCGGUACUGUCUCUGCCAGAACAUGAC